CAAACUCUCACCUUCCACUUCUCAAAAACAACAUGAAGAAAUCCACCAAACCAAUCCUCCUCCUCCUCCUCCUCCUCCUCCUCCUUCUACUCCCCAUAGCAAUCCUCUUCCUUCCCACCAUUCCUUCCCUUCUCCUCACCAUCCCUCUCAUCACCACCACAAUCUUGAUCUUCCACCACAAUUCCAACAACAACAACAAAAACCUCCCUCCCGGCCCUCCAUCCAUCCCAAUCUUCGGCAACUGGCUCCACCUCGGCAACGACAUCAACCACCGCCUCCUCGCCUCCCUCUCCCUCACCCACGGCCCCGUCUUCCUCCUCAAGCUCGGCUCCAAGAACCUCGUCGCCGUCUCGGACCCGAAACUCGCCCACCAGGUCCUCCACGCCCAGGGUGUAGAAUUCGGGUCCCGACCCCGCAACGUGGUGUUCGACAUCUUCACGGGGAACGGCCAGGACAUGGUGUUCACCGUCUACGGCGACCACUGGCGGAAGAUGCGGCGGAUCAUGACCCUGCCCUUCUUCACCAACAGGGUCGUGCAGAGCUACGGCGGGAUGUGGGAGGAGGAGAUGGAUUCCGUGGUCCGCGAUUUGGGGAAGCAGGGGAAGGGAGGAGGAGAAGGGAUUGUGGUGAGGAGGAGGCUGCAGCUGAUGCUGUAUAACAUAAUGUACAGGAUGAUGUUUGGUGUUGGGUUCGAGUCGGUGGAUGAUCCUCUGUUCGUGGAGGCGACGAGGUUUAACUCGGAGAGGAGUCGGCUGGCGCAGAGCUUCGAGUAUAACUAUGGCGAUUUCAUUCCCCUGUUGCGGCCGUUCUUGAGGGGGUAUUUGAAUAAGUGCAGGGAUUUGCAGCGGAGGCGGCUGGCUUUCUUCAACAACCACUACGUGGAACAGAGAAGGAAAAUAAUGGCGGGAAAUGAUGGGGAGAAAACCCAGAAACUCACCUGCGCCAUGGACCACAUAAUCGACUCGGAGAAGAAGGGCGAGAUCAGCGAAGCCAACGUGCUCUACAUCGUGGAGAACAUCAACGUCGCCGCCAUCGAAACCACCCUCUGGUCCAUGGAGUGGGCGAUCGCCGAGCUAGUGAACCACCCACAGGUCCAGCACAAAAUCCGGCAAGAAAUCGCCGGCGUCCUGAACGGCAACCCGGUAACCGAAUCCAGACUCCAUGACCUCCCUUACCUGCAAGCAGUGGUGAAGGAGACGCUCCGGCUGCACACUCCGAUCCCCCUGCUGGUCCCGCACAUGAACCUCGAGGAGGCCCAGCUCGGUGGCUACACGAUUCCCAAGGAGUCGAAGGUGGUGGUGAACGCGUGGUGGCUGGCCAACAACCCGGCGUGGUGGAAGAAACCGGAGGAGUUUCGGCCGGAGAGGUUCUUGGAGGAGGAAGGGGAGACGGAUGCAGCGGUGGCUGGAGGCAGAGUGGAUUUCCGGUUCCUGCCGUUUGGGAUGGGGAGGAGGAGCUGCCCUGGGAUCAUACUGGCAAUGCCGAUCCUGGGGAUGGUGAUCGGGAAGCUGGUGAGUGAGUUCGAGAUGAAGGCUCCGCCGGGAGUAGAGAAGAUUGAUGUGACUGAGAAAGGAGGGCAGUUCAGUCUGCACAUUGCCAAACAUUCGACGGUUGUUUUCGAUCCGAUCGAGGUUUGAAUGUGUCGUCUGGAGAAGGAAACCUUGAACAGAUUUGGAUCAAGAGUCGUUGCUUUAUGCUUUCUAGUUUCUUGUUUGUUUUUUUUUUUUCUCGUCCCAGUAAAAGUGUCCCAAGUACUUACAACAUACAGAGAAUGGUAGUAAACUUCACAUGGAAA